AUGAUCGAGAAAGUCGAAUUCGACCCUCCCAACAUCCUCGCCGGCCGUGACAACCAUCUUCGUCGCCUAGCACACCAGCGUCACAUCCAGUCCGUCGCACCGCCCUUUGCCCUAGGUGCAAUCAUCACUCAGGCAGCGCACGGCUCCCCUCUCGACCCAAGAAGACACAUCACCUACUACUUGCGCGACGAGUACAACCGGCUCGUGGGCCCCAUCCACGUCCCCUUCAGCUACGAGGCGGAGGAGGCCCUGGUCGCGAGACUUGAGCGAGCUCGUUCUGCGUCUGCGGCUGCGGCUGGUACUGCUCCUGGUGAUACUACUUCGUCAUCUAGCGCGGAUGGAUCUCUAGCGUCGUCUCCUGCGUCGGCGAGUUCGCUGUCUAAUCGCAAUGAAUCUUCUUCUGUGUCUUCUGCUCCGAGUGCAGGUAUUCGUGGUCGUCGUCGGUAG